AUGUCGUACUUGGGCACGACCCCUCUCUACGCGCCCGGCCCGAACCCGCGGUCGCCCGCACGUCCCUGGCGAUCCGACGACUUCUUCGCCGUAGACGACCGAGUGCGCGGCGGCACGAGCCAUUCGCACGCCGCCAUCAUCCAGUAUCCACCCGUUAGCCGCGGCGAACUCGUCUUCUCCGGCUUUCUCGAUACGACCACCCUCGGCGGUGCUGGUUUCGCCUCCCAGUCUUCGACCACUCCAUUCCCCGUCAAACUCGGGAAGGACGAGUUCGCGGGUUUGCGCUUGGUCGUUCGCAAAGAGGCCAAUUGGGAGGAGCCCUCGCCGCCCUCGGACGGGAGCAACCCAGGCGGCGGUUGUGGACCCGUAACCUCGUUUGUGUUCGAGAUCAAGACCGAAGAGCCGAAGCGCCGGCCCGAUGGGAGAAGGGAGAGCGUCAUUGUGUGGGAGUGGGCCUUCUCGAUCCCGCAAGACGAGGUGAAGGAUGCCAGCCUCAACAUGGCCCUCACCAACGACGACUUUUGGGUCUUCGACUCGACGUGGGACGACUUCAAGCCCAUGUACCGCGGUCGACCGGUGGAUCCUGAGACCGCAGGCGAAUUCCUACCUGAAAACACGUUCGAAUGGAGCUUCAUGGCGCGGAGCAACUUCCAAGCCCAGUCGGGGCCCUUUGCACUGCAGCUCCACAGCCUCAAUGCGCUACCCUCCGAAGAUCCCCUCCAGUCCUCGGCCCCGCACGCCGCGUCGACGCGAACAAGUCACCCAGAGGCAACCACCAUCGAAUCGUGGGUGGACGAAAAGUCCGACCAGUCCUUUCGAGGUUCGUUUCGGAGUUCUCCCUCAUCUGUAGCACCCCAACAGUCGCAGCCAAGACGGUCGACAGGCGAGUACUAUGGCUUUGCGCUGUUCAUCUUUGCGACGGUCCUGUGGGUCGGGUGGAUCGGCUGGGCUUUGACGCCCGACGAGGUGUUGGAAAGCGUGGGCAUUGCGUGGUACCCGAAUCGCGAAUGGGCGUUCUUGAUCCCGGCAUGGAGUCUGUUCGCUGUCCUGGCGACCUAUGCGGUGUUCAUCGGGUUGAAUGCGAGGAACACACCGGAUCUGGACGAGAUCGUUAAUGUUACGGACUCGAGCCAGAACGUGCUGCGUAUCGACAUGGACGCCGACCGCCACCUUUUCGAGGACGAGGAGAAGCUGCAGCAGAGUCUGCGCGACAUCUACGAUUUGCCGCCAACGUAUGUCUCUCGUCAGAUGCACCUUUCGUAA